AUGGGGACUUCUCCAAGUUGCUCAAGUGGAACGACGGCGAGGGGGGGGGGGAAGGAUAUUCCAGAGAUCGAGGAUAUUGUGGGCUUUACUGGACCGAAGUUUUUCGUGCGGAAGGAGAUAUUGUGUGUGCUGGAGAACUUGAAGGAGUUUUUAGAAGUGACGCUUUCACGACGAGAACCCACGGAACAUUUCAUACUCAUGGGAAGCCCAGGAACGGGCAAGAGCUGCAUUUUAGCGUUGGUCUGCUUCUACUUGGCACUUGUGGAGGCAAUUUCAGUUGUGUGGCACCGCCGUGUUGGAGGUGGGAGCAACGACCUACCAGUUACACGUUUGUUCGACAAGGGCAAAUACUACGAGUGGUACGGCGUUGAUUGCAGUGUUUACAAGUCGCUGCGCUUGAAGUGUACGGCUGAUUUGCCUAGAUGCUGGUUUGCUCUUGACGGGUUGAAUCAAGACCAGCUCAACGAAAAAGAUGUGGGCAAUAUGUACAUGCUGCUGGCGACGUCUGGGCAGUUUAUCUCCACGGGAGAAGGUGGCGUGAAGCAGACGACCUGUAUUCGUGGUAUGGGAGUAUCGGAUCUUGCAGACCCGAAGUCGUAUACUACACCAUCUCGCUGGAAAGCGCUUGUUACUUCCAAGAUGGCGAUGGAAUACCUGUUGACACUUACGAAACCCGACUACUUCCAGAGGCUCCUUGAGCUUGCAAAAGAUCUGAACGACCCUCGCCUCCAAGGAAUUGUGCUUGAACAACUUUUUCAUUCCCAUGUAACCAACCAUAAAUCGGUUGGCAUAUCCUACAUGAAGUACGACAACGUGAAGCGGACGCCUAAGACGGACAACCUGCGUAUCAUGCGUGAAGAUACGGGCACGGUAAAAUUCAGUCUUUCGACCGGGUUGAGCGAAUCACUCAAUGUCAAGCGUGAAGGUGAAACGCUGGACGCAUACGCGGCGAUGAUGGAAGAGUGGGCCAAGGACCCUGACGAGACGGACUACUGGAUCCCCGCCUGA